CACUGAUCAAGCGUGCAAGGAGAAUUCUCUCUAACAGCGUGACGGAAAAGACUCACUUAUUUACAUACACACUUACAUGCAUAUUGCUCGGCAGAGGUCUUCGCUUGUGGAGUAGCAUUUUUUGGCCAAGAUUUGUUUGGCCACAGCUGGAGUUUAUUGGCUGAUAUAUCUCAUCUGCAGUGCAGUUGUGGACUAUGGCACCAAUCAACAGCAACUUGAAGAAGGCUUUCAUUGUUGUGGAUGUGAUUAUUGGGGUCCUUGGCACUAUCUGGCUGGUCCUAUCGUUAUUUUUCCAUGGGGCUUAUCACGGCGACCCAAAGAAUGAUGCCUUCUUUGGGCUUCAAACCUUCUCGGUGAUGUAUGCCAUUGGAAUAGGCAUAAUGACUCUGGCUGCCAUGGCACUUUACGGUGUCAUGAAGCAGAAGCAAUGGGCACUGAUUGUGUUUUGUGUUGGCAUGUGUGUGGUGACACUGCUGUUUCUUGUGGUCGGAAUCCCAUCCGCUGUUGCAGCAGAUCAUACAGAAGUAUUUCUCUCCGAGGCAUUUGAUGAAACACCACUGAAAGACGCAAGUGAGCAGACAAGGCAAGAUUUUGAAGAGUAUCAAACCAUGUUCCAGUGUUGUGGUUUCGAAAAUGGACAUUCUGAUUGGGGUGAUUCCAUACCAAAGUCCUGUAUCUGCAGUGCACCUGAAUCUACUACACAAUGUGUUGAUGUGACCAUAGGACAGGAGAAAGUGUCUGUCUAUGAUCAGACCUGCUAUCCAUACCUGGUGGAACUUUUCAGGAUUAUUUUCCAAGUGUUGGCAGGGGUGUCAUUUUCAUAUGUAAUUUCUGUGGCUUUUGGAUUGACACUGGCCAUCGCCAUCCUCUGCCAAAUGAGACGGAAGACAAUCACUCCACCGGUCACCUUCACAACCCAUUCGAGUGACUCAAAAUACACAGAGCUCGAAGCCACUGCCUAGUACAGACCAUACCGCAUAGAGUGUAUUUUUUUAUACUUCCACCCGUUCAGUCCAUCUGGUUUCUAUUUGAAGUGCUAUUGUACAUACUGGCAACGUUUACAUGACAUUUUUAAUUCCGAAUUAAUAAUUCAGAAUUAAAUAGUUCCGUCGAGUUUACUUUGAUCUAUCAUUUAAUUGUGUUUACAUGACAUUUUCUAAGCGGGAUUGAGCUGUAUUCAGAAUUAAAGUGAGUUCAUUCUGAAUUAAAUAUCUCAUGUAAACGAGGCCACUUUAUCCUAAUCCUGUGGGUUGACUUUUAUGAAAGUACAUUUUUUAUAUAUAUAUAAAACUAAUUUCAGAACAAUACGUCUUGCAGAUACAUGUUUGACAAUAUCACAGCAGCACUGAGAGGGUGGUGAGCGGGGUCCAGAGGUUUCAGACGGAUGUGAUGGUUGCAGCCCCCACUUAGUGGGCUCUGUCUUCAGAAAGCCCAGAGGAAACAUAUAGGCCUAUUGCGUCCCACUACAACAGUCUUAUCCUUGUCUAACGGAAACAAAUCGGUUCUUACAUUGAGCUUGAAUUGUGUGUUUGUUUCAUAGGCCAAUGGGGGAAUCAUCGUACUGCUUUUCAACAGUCUCGUCUUUGUGUCACAGCAGUAAAACUCUAGCUGAAAUUUGAUCCAUAUCUUGCAGGCAAGAGAGGAAGUAGCAAAAGAAUGGGUGCAUUGCAAUAUGUGGACUUCCGUUCUUCCUUGCUCACUUGCCUGCUUGUGACCUCAUGAUGACGUCACCGACGACAGAAAACUAAUUCAAUAUCUUGCAAAAGCACAAUUCUAAUGUAAUUUCCUCAUUUGCAAUCGGGAUGGUGAAUGAAGAACAGUCCUCCGAAAAUUGUUGUGGCUAGGCUGACAGCGGGGAAACUUUAUCGUUUUCUCCAUGGAGGUGAGGCCAGGAGGUGGGGUGAGGCCACAAGCACAAGGACGGGAGUGUGCAUAUUGGAAUGCACUCCAUAUUUCCAGGGUGCAUAGAUAAUAGAUGAAUAGCGUACAGCACCAUGAUCUUCAAAUGCGACAUAUUUGACUUUGAUUCAUCAAAUGCAAUUUCACAAGGCCAAAAAUAUCUGACAAUAGGGGCUUAAAAUGCAGUAUUUUGGCAUAGUGGAGAUCCCUUUUGACAAAUACCAUGAAACCACAGAUGAUAAAGCUGGGUCCUUCUGAGCUGGAGCUCUUGCCACAUCCAAAGCUUUGUUCUGUGACUGUAAAGGAACAGCUUACAACGAGGACAGCCAUGGCCUAGUGGUGGGGGCAGCCAUGGCCUAGUGGUGGGGACAGCCAUGGCCUAGUGGUGGUUAGGGAUGUGGCCUCAAGAUCAGAGGGUUGCAAGUUCGAAUCCCACCCUUACCAGUCCUCCCUACACCUCUAUCCAUGGCUGAAGUGCCCUUAAGCAAGGCACCUAACCUCACAUUGCUACGGGGACUGUAACCAAUAUACCCAGUAAAUAUUUGUAAGUCGCUUUGGAUAAAAGCAUCAGCCAACUGUAAUGUAAUGUAAUGUUAAGCCAAGUGUGAAAGUUGACAAGUACAGUAGAUGACACUGUUAUCAGAAAGAAUAAACAAAUGCUUUACUCGAUAACUUGAUUCAGGUUUCACUGGCAGGACGUUCAAGUUCAGGUGCAGCCUAUGUAUGACAUUAUUGCCACCAAACAAAUUGCCAUUACAUCACAUGUGCCAUAGAUCUGUGUAUUAACAUUUUGUUUAUGCACUACAUGUGUAUACAUCAAAUGAAUAUCAAUCUACCACGUAAGACCUACUUCUCACAUGACAUGGAGACUUAUGGUAUUAUGUUUAUACUGUAUACUCCUAUUAUACUGACAAGCAGGCCCGCCGACACGGGGGGACAAAGGGGUAUGUUGUCCCGGGCCCAGGGAGAUAGAGGGCCCAGAAUCAGGUCUCCAUUACAUUGUAUGUGUUAGGGGGCCAUUUCAGAUGACUUUGUCCCAGGCCCAGCAAAAGCUUUCAGCGGCCCUGCAGACAAGCAAAAUAAUGUAAUCAACCCUUCAGAGUGUGUACUGUAUGUUCUUUAAACAUGAUAGAACACUGUACACUGUAUGCAGUGUCUGCUUCAAAUGCACUUCUUUGCCAUGUCCCACAGGGUGAAUGUAGUAUACAGUAGGCCUACACCCUUUUUCAACCCCAUUUUUAUUUAACGAAUUUUGUUGUGUGAUGUACACUUUUGGAUUUCUCAAAUACAACUGGUUGUUCUGAAAUGUACUGCCUGUGAUAUUGUGUUUUAAAAUAUCUAAUGUAUAUAGCCCACAUUACUUUGUUGUGGAGGCCUUUUGGAGAACCCCAUUCCCCCCCCCCAUGUUGUAGGCUCAUGAUACGUCACACUGUGAGAAAUUCUCUGGGAGCAUUUUAACUGGGGAUGAUCACCUAUAACAUAUUGGAAUGCUCGGUGCACUCACAAAUAGUCCUACUUUGAAACCAUUUGUACAUUCAGAGCGGAAGUGUAUUGAGUUUCUGAGAUGCUGGUUUAAAGGGGGGUUGCCACUAUUUUGGGGCUUAAUACAGUUAAAAUCAUUGGCCAGGGUUUAUAAAGGUGGUAAAGUGUCUUAUUUUUCAUGUAAGCCGUUGUCUUGCUUUGAAGCAAGUUAAAAGAGGGAGCAUGUCGCUAAGCUAGUGAAAGUCAAUGGAAUCGUGUAGCAUGCUACAACGCUACACGGAUCCAUUGACUUUCACUAGCUUAGCGACAUAUUCCCUCUUUUAACUUGUCUUGUUAACUUGUUAACUGUAGUGUCCUCAUUUUCAAAGCGAAAAAUUGGUCAAAAAAAGACACGAGCUUUUCCAGUUCAAGUCUUUGUCAUGUCAUGUUACAGUAAAAUGCCCCUCAGAGGAUGGGGCACACCCUCCAGAAGACAAUAGCCCAAAGGUGUCCAAAUAGAACAUGUAGCCUUGGCCUACUACAUGUAUCUUUGGCCCAGACCAGACAAAUAAUACAUUGUGUGAUGGCGCCCCCUAGUGACUACACUCAAACACGUUUGGUUCCUGAUCAGCUUUAGAAAGCCUGCCUGGCUCAGCCAUGGCUGACACUCACUCGAAUGGGCACUAGAUUGCUACCGUGGCAACCCGCGUUCGAUUUUGGCCUGAGGUCAUUUGCAGAGCCCUCCCCAUCUCUAUCUCUCCCCGCCAAUUUCCUGUUUCUCUCUACUGUCCUGUCAUAAUAAAGGCAUAAAAAGCCCAAAACAUAUAUUUAAAAAAUAAA